GAGAGAGAGACACAAAAUAGUCUUGCCACAGAGAGGUUCCCAAGCACAUCAAAACCCUCAAAACCCCGCAAAUUUCUGUCUCCCUCACCACCAAAUGGCCGGUCACCAUCACCACCACAGCCACCCUCCCGCCCAGACCGCUACCACCUGUUGCUGCAACUUCUGCCAUUGCUGCAGCCCACCUCCGCCCCAUCUUUCCCCGCCAUUACCAGACCCACUUCUCCAAGCCCUUGCUGCUCACAUUCUCCAAUCUGCCCCAACAAACCAUCAUCACGAUCCCUAUCCUCAGUCUACGAAACUCAACGCCCACAAUCUUCAUCCCCAAAGCCAAUACCAGCACCACCAACGACGGUCUCAGAACCCACGCUUCCAAGAAAUCCCAGAGACCCAUUCGCUUCUCUCCUCUCUGAUUCGCCGCAUCGAUGCUCUAGAGUCCUCUCUCCUCCAUUUUUCCGUUUCUUCUUCUCCAUCUUCUUAUUUUUGUCCUCCGUACUCUCUCAGAGACUGCGCUGCUCGUGUUAUCCAAACCCAUUUCCGUGCCUUCCUUGUUCGCAGAUCAAGAACGCUUAGACAGCUCAAAGACCUCGCUCUCGUCAAGUCCACUUUCAACUCUCUCAAAUCCUCGCUUUCCAGUGAAACCCACUUCGAUCUUGACGCGCUUUCUCACGAAGUCAUGGAUUUGCUUCUUAGGCUUGACUCUAUUCAGAGUGGGGAUCCAAUGAUUAGGGAUGGAAAAAAGUCUCUAAGUAGAGAUUUGGUGCGGUUCUUGGAUUUUAUAGAUGGGGUUGCUGUGAAAAGGCAUGGGCAUUCCCUCAAGACAGUGAAGAAUGUGAGUUUUGGUCAUCCAAAUGUUAACAAAUCUAGGGUUUUGGCUACUAAGAUUAGAAGUUUGGGUGGGCAGAGGGAAAUGUUGGAGAAAUUGAGGGCCAGAGUUGAAAAUAUUAGUGGGUUUUCUAGGGUGUCUCAAAAUGAAGUCGAAGAUGUGGAGCUUGAGGGGUUCCAGCAAUCCAAUGACAAUGAUGAGGAAAGCCCUAGAAUUGUCAUUAGUAGAAAUACUGGGCAAAUUAGAAAUGGGUUUUUGGUGAAGAGGAAUGGCGAUCAACCUAGGGUGAAGAAAAGUGUGAGUUUUGCAGAGAAUGGGAAUAUGUAUAGGGUUUUUAGCAACAACCACGAGCCAAUUUCAAGUGGCGAUGGUACUUGCUUGGAUGAGAGUGUUUCCAGUGAUGAUCAGGGAGAGCUUGUGGAAAUUCUUUGCAGUGAACCCGAAGAAGGUAAGGGUUUUCCUCAGGGGACUGAGGACGAUGAGAAGGCACACUGGGAGACUGGAGCAUCACCACAAACCAGUGAUGGGGAAAGAAAUUAUGAAAUCAGAGGGCAUAAUCAGGACCAUAAUAGGGGUUUUGCUUUCUCUGCCCCUUUGCCUGUGAAGAUGGAGUCUAAAGCUGGUUCGAUGAAAAGGAGAAAGGCAGUGAAAAUUGUAACAUAAAAGGCAAUCUACGGGGUCACUUUUUUGUCCUGCAUAUUUUUGUGACAAGAUAUUUGGUUUUUGUCUUCCACAAUGUCUUUCUAAUUGUUAGUUUAGAUUAAAUCCACAACCAUCGUGAAAGGUGUGUUUAUAAUUGGGCUUUGCUUCUUGUGCGUUUGUAGACUUCACUUUCCACUCUGAAUAGGAUUUUGAGAUUGGUUACUGUAACCUGCCCCUGAAAAUUCUAAUUCUAAU